GCCAGCAGCGCAUUCGACAACGCGACGAGGUCAUGCCCAGAUGAACGCCGGACACCAGACGACGAGGCGCCUUGCUGCCAAAGCAGGCACGCCGAUAUGCCGCUCAUGUAGAGACACGCUCUCCCGCAACUACGUAUCUGCAGCCGCUGCAGCGGUUCAGACCGACAGCCAGGCCGCUCAGCACAUCCCUCCCGUCGCCCAAGCUUCCACGCAAACCUCGUACGGGAUCAACGCCGGUGUCGUCCUCUCUCGCCCUCCCCAGAUCACACGCGACCUCCACCCCUUCGAAUCUGCCUUCUUUCUCUACCAACGCCGUCUCAACGAGCGAUCCGCACUGCCAUUCACACGAUACUUCUACUACAAGGACCGAACACCUGCCGACCGGGAAUGGAAGCGAAAGAUAAAGCAGCGCUUGACCCCUGCAAGGGAUAUUGGUCGAUACAAGGGAUACGGCGACGAGGCCUGGAACGAUGAAGUGCUGAUCGGCGCCAAGGAGAGCGACUUCAACUGGCAGGUCGAGAGGCUGCUGGAAGAUGCUGAGACGACCGGUCUGGAAGAUCAGCCCGCCGAGGCCGUGUCGAGCGCUGUCACGCCAAAGAAGGUCGAGCACGAGGCGGUCGAGCGACCCAUGUCUCGAGUUACUGAAGCCGACGAGAAGAACGAUGUCAAGAGCUUGAACCGCGCGCUGCAGAGGACGCUGUAUCUGCUUGUGAAGGACAAGGAGGGGCGGUGGAUGUUCCCGCAGGACAGGCUGCAAAAGGAGACACUGAAGGAGGCGACAUACCGCAUCCUCGAGUACGCCGCCGGCGUGAACAUGAACACAUGGGUAGUCGGCAACGUUCCCAUCGGCCACUACCAGCACAACUACACCAAAGCGCUCAAGAAUGCCGCAGGCCUGGACGAGGUCGGACUCAAGACUUUCUUCAUGAAGGUCCGCAUCAUGGCUGGACAGGCAAACCUCAAGGAGAACCAGUUCGACCUGAAAGAUUUCAAGUGGCUGGCCAAGGACGAGAUCAAGAAGGAGGUCGAGGAGGACUACUGGCGACAAAUCAAGAACAUGUUGGCCGAGCGGUAGUUCAGAUCGACAUAGACGGACUGUAAAUUAGGUAAAGUUCUUGUAGAAAACUGUACAGUAUCUGAUUUGGUUAUCAUUGUCCACGGAGAGCACGGUGUCUCUCAAUACAAUGCUUGGUUCUUGCUCUAGUCAUCCGGCUGUACGCCUACCCUCUAUCAAACGAGUCGUCCUUAAUACUCACCAACGCCGAUUUGUACAUUACCUCGUGCCAGCCAUGGUCUACUAUUUGCUCCCAAGGAAGCACCGGCUCGGUGGAUCCUUGCGCAACCUAGUCUCCACCGCACAAUGGCUGGUACUAUCAACUUGUCUGAUUGCGAAUUCUUAAAAUCAAUUCAAAAAAUUACGCGGGACUGGCACUCUGGAAAUAUGGCCGCGGAGAAGACAUG